AUGUGACGUAGUGGUGACGUCAGUGUGGCUGUGCAGCCGAAGUGUGUGUGUGUGUGUGUGUGUGUGUGAAGGAUGGACGGGCUGUACAGCCACAGUGCGUAUUUGCUGCAGGAGCUGCAGGAGCAGAGGAUCCAGGGUCUGCUGUGUGACUGCAUGCUGGUGGUGAAGGGCGUCUGUUUUAAAGCUCACAAAAACGUCCUCGCCGCCUUCAGCUCCUACUUCAGGUCUUUGUUCCAGAAUUCUCCGGCGUUGAAGAACGAUGUUUAUCACCUGUCCAUUCAGGAUGUGGGCGGGAUCGGGCAGAUCCUGGACUACAUGUACACCUCCCACCUGGAGCUGAACCAGGACAACGCCCACACACUGCUACACAUCGCUCAGAGCCUACAGGUGUCCAACAUCCUGAACAUGUGUAAUGCUUACCUGAAGCCAUGCUCCGCCCCCAGCGACCCGCCCCUCCCUCUCCCCGCCCUGCUGUCCCACGAGCAGGACUGUGUGCUGGGGAACCCCCUCCCCCCCGACCCGGACCUCCACUGCCCCGCCCCCGACCCCCACAAACACUCGCUCCUCCCACAGCAGGACCCAGAUCCCUCGCACUACAAGCGGCUCCAGCCUGCCCCGCCCCCUGCCACCCCUGACACGGCCAAUAGCGCGGCGGCGCUGCCGGAGAGGCAGCCUCCACACGGGUACAAGCUGAGGAACUUCUACAGCAAGCAGUACUUCAAACAGAGUGCCGCCCAGAACUGCAGUGCCAGCCUGCAGAGCCACGCCCACUGCCCCCUGCUGGGGGAGGAGCAGUACAGCACCAACCAGAACACGCCCACAACUGCAGCCAACCAAUCACUGUCCAUUUUACCUUCUUCAGCGACCAGUCAGAUGCCUUUACUCGGACCCUCAAACCCAGCGAGCUCGGCUCCAGUGGAUCCUUUGAUGUCUCAGAUGCCAACGUCCUGUUCCAGUGCCGCUGUGCCCGCCCCUUCCUCCUCCUCUUCCUGUCAUGACUUCCUAAACCCACCCCCGGCGCCCACCGACCUGCCGGUGCCCCCUACCGCCGGGAGGAGGAGCCCCACCGCACCACGAAUGCUGCGGCCCAAGAAGACCCUGUACCUGAAGAAGUUCAACUACCUCCGCUCUCACCACGCCCUCGAGGAGGGGGCGGAGCCGAGCAGGGUGACUGACAGCUGCAGCGCAGAGACCCUCCAGCAGGAGGAGGCACAGAGCCAGCCGGCCAAUGGCAGCACAGACAUGCCCCCGGAGGGCGGAGCUCCAGAACCGGAGGAACCACCCGAGCCCAGUUUGGUUCCCCAGCCGCCGACUCCGCCCUCGCCCCCGCCAGAGCCCGCCCCCUCGCACGGCCAGAGAGAAGCGGGCGGAGCUUCCAGUAACACUAAUAAAUACUGCUGUGAGAUCUGCGGCAAAACCUUCAAACACCCCAGCAACCUGGAGCUACACAAACGCUCACACACAGGUGAGAAACCAUUCCAGUGUAACGUCUGUGGGAAAAACUUUUCUCAGGCAGGAAACCUGCAGACUCAUCUCCGUCGCCAUUCAGGAGAGAAGCCGUAUAUCUGUGAGCUCUGUGGGAAAAGUUUUGCUGCAUCAGGUGAUGUUCAGCGCCACAUCAUCAUCCACUCAGGAGCUCGACCUCACCUGUGUGACAUCUGUGGACGAGGGUUCAGUAACUUCAGUAAUCUGAAGGAACAUAAGAAGACGCACAGUUGGGAGCGGGAGUUUAUCUGUGAGCAGUGCGGAAAAUCCUUCAACAUGCAGAGAAAACUCCUCAAACACAUGCAGAGACACAGCGGAGACAAACCCUACUGCUGCCAGACCUGCGGUAAGUGUUUCGCUGGGUCAGGUGACCUCCAGAGACACGUGCGAUCCCACACAGGUGAGCGUCCAUACGUGUGCGACACGUGUGGAAAGGGGUUCACGCGUACGGCGGUGCUGCGCCGACACCGCGCCCACUGUAAACCCACGACCGGCUCAGACGCCGGAGACGCUAACGCCGGAGACGCUAACGCCGGAGACGCUAACGCCGGAGACGCUAACGCCGGAGACGCUAACGCGCUAGUGCAGCAACACAACCCAGAGGUUAGCAAAGCAACAGCUUCUCCCACCACACCGCCAUCCUGCAGAAAUAGAGCUCAGCUCCGCCCCCUGCCCAGCUCAACUCCGCCCCCUGCAGGAACCUGUCGACCCGUCCCCGCCUCCUUCAUCACACCCCUCUCCUCCCACUCCUCCACCUCCUCUCUCUCAGAGCUGCGCUCUGUCCUUCCACAAAAUCUGUUAGCCCCACCCACGUUCAAUAAGCCCCUCCUCACACAUCAAAAAGCUCCUCCCCCUCAUGUGAAAUCUACCCUGAACACCGACCCCUCCGCCGGCUCUGCUCUACGGCCCCACCUGCUGACCCCAGAGGCGCACUGCAGCCCCCCACUGGCCCCAGUCAGCUCUCAGACACACAGCGCCCCCUACAGGAGCUCCGAGGGCUUCUGCUCCAGCGGUGCACUGUGGGGGCUGGCCAUGAAGACUCUGCAGAGUGACAGCGAUAUGGACCAAUGAGAAGCUGAGGAGUGUUUUUUUUGGGAGUUUAGAGUCUGAAAUGAAACUGAUACACUGAGCUAAUCAGAACUUCCAGAACCAGAACAGAACCAUCUGCAGUUUAUACAGAGAGAUGAGCUGCAGAACUGAUCUUCUCUAUGCUGAUUCUCAGGGAUUUGCUUUGUAUUGAAUUAAUUUCAUUAAAAUAAAGUUCACCCUGUUCGCAUG